AUUGCUUUCCUAUACACAUUUUUUUUAAAUUCAUAAAAAUGAUGAGACCAACUUGUGGAUUUAAUCCUAACUCAAUUGUGGGAAAUUGUGAAGAUCCUUGUACAGUACCAAUGGCUAAACCAAUUAGAAUAUUUCAAUUUCUGCUUGUAUGCAUUUUAUUCACAUUGACAAUUUAUACGAUUUCAAAAAAUUCUCCCUACUAUCAAGUGGAAGGAACUCUACUAACUGUGCUCUUUGGAAGUUUUUUAUUUAUCACACUAGUUGAUAUAAUCAGUCAAUUUGGAGGUGAUCCCAUUCCGGAUACUCCAAUGUUCUUAUUUGGCGUGGUAGGUAUUUUACUCUAUGUCAUUGCUACAGUGGAUAUUUAUUUUUCUGCAAGAAAAGAAAAUGUCGAGGAUGUUUGGAGAUUAACACUCUCAAUUGCCUUAUCCGCAACAGCUUCUUUACUCUUUUUAUUUGAUGUAAUUAUGAUCUUUCUUUAUGGCUACUGAUAUUUUUAUUCUCAA